CGACAGCCCGGCUCCUUCGGUGGAUUUUCGACCUAUUCUGGUGCCUAUGCAGUGGAUCUGAGAGGAGAUGAGAGCCGCAGUCUACCACAUCCUUGCCGGCUACCUCUGCGUGUUACGCACCGUUGCUCAGGAGUCUCCUCUCCCUCAGGAGCUUCUGGAGCGGCUCUCUCGCAGCGAGAUCCGCAGCAUCAGCGACCUCCAGCGGCUGCUAGAGAUAGACUCCGUAGAGAACGAGGUGAUCGAGGAGACCAAACACAGCUACCACAAGGACUUCUCUCACAACUUCCCCGACCUAAAGAGAGCACACACACAUACCAGACACAGGAGGAGCACUGUCGUAGAAGAGGCCUUGCCAGCAGUGUGCAAAGUUCGGACAGCAAUUUAUGAAAUUCCCAGGAGCCAGGUGGAUCCCACAUCAGCCAACUUCAUCAUCUGGCCUCCCUGUGUCGAGGUGAAACGCUGCACCGGCUGCUGCAACACCAGCAACAUGAGGUGCCAGGCGGCUCGCAAACACUACCGCACUGUUAAGGUGGCGAAGGUGGAGUACGUGCGAAGGCGGCCAAAGCUGAGGGAGGUGCAGGUGAGGGUGGAGGAUCACUUAGAGUGCACGUGCACCAAUAAACGCCAUAUCAGCCCAAACUCAGACACAGACAAUGGCAUCAGGUGAAGAGCAGCAGACAGAUGUAGGAGUGGAGGACACCUUGAGGAUGAUGAUGUAAUGGAAAGCAAGGACAAGCACCUUCUGCCUGUGACUCCUUUAACACCUGCCAUCAAAGUAACAGUGAAAAGGUCUAACGGAGCAUAUUUUGUCCACGACCUUUUGGAGUUUUGAUGGAGGAUUACUGACUCACCAUUUUCCAAAAAAAAGCAAAGCAUCAAACUUCCACAAGUGAACUCCAAUUUUUUUUUGAUGGAGACGAGAAAUGAUGAGACGAUGACAAAGCGAACUGACAUUCUGGUUCUAGGAUGUUGAAGGGCAUAUUGCCUGUAUCCUGCUCCUUCUCCAGAGUAUAAACCGCUCAGUGACUCGGAUUAUAAACUGGGGCAAAAUCCUUUCUAGAAACAGUGACUGGGAUUAGUUUUUGUACUCCAAGAUUUACUCUUCCUCAGAAAAGCACUCACACACAUGCACGUAUAUCCUCUUAUUUUUAUAACGUCUCAUUUUCUAUUUCUAAUGCUUAUCAGUUCUUUUUCUGAUAUGUUACCCAAAUAAAGAAUGGAUGGGAAAUAAUCCUUCCGACAUGUUACUGAUACUAAUAAAAUAUUUAUAUGAA